ACGUCACUUCAGUCAACUGAAAAACGUCAGAUGGACGGACGAGUGAAUUUUGCAUAACAGACAAAAACAAUAUUUUUUCUGAUAUCCGUAAUUACAAAUUAGGAUCAAACAUCCUUCGUGAAACAUUAAUCAGUUAAUAUAUUCGUUUUUAUCAAUCCUAUUUAUAAACUAAGUGACCGCUGGAUAAGCCCUGUAAAGUAUUUAAGUUUCCAUCGAUUUCUGUAAUGUGAUAUUUUUAUAAUAGUGCGUAUUAUCGCAGUAUGAAUCUACUUGGAUAUUUGAGUUUCUUAUGUUACCUGGUGGUAAUAUGCCGCGCUUCCGGCACCGAUAUCGCCUUGGAUGCGAAGGCUACUUUGCUUCACCGUAUAGACAGCUUGAACUUGCUGAUUUAUACCUGUCUUUUGACUCUGACGGUGCUCACAAUAUGGGUGUUCAAGCAUCGCCGAGUAAGCUGGUUGCACGAGACGGGGCUGGCCGUAAUAUACGGUCUAAUUGUAGGCGCUAUAAUUCGCUAUGCGGGUAGUACCAAUGCCGUUACAUACCUUGAUGCCCACCCAGAGCCAGAUGCCAAGUACAACCUGUCUGUGCCACCUGAUAUGAUAAGAUUUCACUUUCCAGACACUAUACAUAUACCAUCUGGAGAUGUUCCAAUACAAAAUAAAACUUAUGCAUAUAGCUUUAGAGGUGAAAUUGUAAAUGUUGAACAAAAUGAAAUAGACUUAAAAGCAACAUUUGACCCGGAAAUCUUUUUUAACAUUAUUUUGCCUCCAAUAAUAUUCCAUGCAGGAUAUUGCUUAAAAAGGAAAUAUUUCUUCCGCAACUUGGGAGCCAUACUGACAUUUGCUAUGGUGGGCACGGCCCUGUCAGCUCUAGUCAUCGGUGCACUAAUGUACGGCUGUGUUCAGCUGAUGCCAGCAUCACUAGCUUCUAGCUUUACUUUUCUUGACACUUUAUACUUCGGCGCAUUGAUCUCUCCAACGGACCCACUUACAGUGCUAGCUAUAUUUUCACAAUUGAAGGUGGAUGUAAACCUUUAUGCUAUGAUAUUUGGUGAGAGUGUUCUCAAUGAUGCAGUGGCUUUAGUACUUAGCGGAGCCAUUCAAAAUUACGAGAAGAGGUACUCAAAUGACGGUGGAUUUGAAAUCACAGCGUUUUUGGGUGCGAUCGGUGACUUCAUUGGGAUCUUCAGCUUGUCUCUACUUGUUGGUGCCUUCAUAGGGUGCUUGACUGCAUUGAUAUCGAAGUUCACCCACGUGAGGGAGUGGCCGCUGCUGGAGUCUGCGCUUUUUGUUCUCAUGUCCUACGCCGCCUUCCUCAUCGCCGAAGUAUGCGAACUCACAGGUGUGGUGGCGGUAUUAUUCUGCGGCAUCUGUCAAGCGCACUACACCUACAACAACCUGUCGUCGGACUCCCGCAACCGCACCAAGCAGCUGUUCGAGCUGCUCAACUUCCUGGCCGAGAACUUCAUCUUUACGUACAUCGGCGUCUCCAUGUUCACCUUCCCGAAGCACCACUUCGACCCCUGGUUCAUUAUCGCGGGAUUUAUAACAUCGACACUGGGCCGCGCCGUAAACAUUUACCCUUUGUCCUUCUUGCUGAAUCUAGGCAGGAAGCCGCCCAUACCCAUGAACUUUCAACACAUGCUGUUCUUCUCAGGACUCCGCGGCGCAAUGUCAUUCGCUCUCGCGAUUCGCAACACAGUGUCGGAGGCUCGACAAGCCAUGCUGACGACUACGUCUCUCAUCGUCAUCGCAACUGUCGUACUGCAGGGCGGCGCCGCCACGCACGCGCUCGCCUACCUCAGGAUACCUACUGGAGAAGGCCAGAAUGACGAAAACGAAGCGCUGCCGUACCGCGACGUUAGAAGUCUGUACCAGGCCACGGAAACCGGAGGCUCGAGAGGCCGCAUGGUAGUUAAGUGGGGCAAUGGAGACAAAGGAGUGGUUAUGCCUUGGCAACUUAACUAUUACGAAGAGACGUCUCGCGCCGACGGUGGCAGCGAAAAGGCGCGCCUAGCAAAGCUGUGGGGCGCAGUGGACUCACGGCUGCUCAAACCGCUCCUGACCCACGCUCGCCCGCCGCUGACUGAGACAUUACCGACGUUCAUGAGUCCAGUGGCGCGUUGGCUCACCACCACGCAUCAGUACACGCAGGGCUGUCUGUACAAUUACAAAUUUGUUGUACCCGAAGAGGAUUCUGGUUUGGCUCGAAACCAGGAUAGUUCCUUGCGUCGAGCUGACUCUGACUCCGACCUGUGUAUUGAUGACCCGCAACCCGUGCCUACCAGUAUUGAUCCCCAGCUAUCAAUUAAUGUUCGGAACGGAUUUGGGCAUGUCUAAGCUUUGUUGCGUUCGUUAGUGACCUUCGGCUGUGAUAUAAAAUGGUCUAGAACUCUAGAUUCAAUAAAAUUUAAGUUAAUAGGAAAAAAUGUUUAAUUAUUGCACGCAGCAAAUGUGGCCCGGACUCGUCGACACUCGGAUCUCUGUAGAAGGUAUCACGGGGAGCAACAUCUGAGCAGGUUGAUUACGUACAAGAAUGUAAAUGAGUGCCACAAGUGUAAUUAAUGUGAUAUCACUUUCAAGUUAAGAUGAAUUUUACUAUUCGAAAUUUUUUGCAUGUAUGAACCAAAAUGUAUCAAACUGCUUAAUUUUGCUUAGUGUAAAUUGUAAUUUUCUAUUCUAAAUUUAUACUAUUUCUAUAAGCAUAACAGAACUGAAGCCAUGUAUCGAGAAAUGAGAUCCAAACGCUGCUAUAUCAAUGCAAGUAUUGUCUUAAAUAUGAACCCUUCUAAAUAUUUUUGAUUAUCGCCCUUGCUUUCGCUAGCCACCUGCUGUGAUGUUUCCGUUAAAUACGUAGAAUUUUUUUUCAGGGUGCAAUUUUAUAGGUAGUUCAAAUUUUGAUUACCUAUAUAUCGCCAGAAUCUCGUAAUGUUUGUCGUUCCUUCUGGCACUAUUUCUUAGUUUAUUAGCAUGUAUUUAUUCUCCAAUGACUGAUGUGAUUCCUUGGUCCAUAAAACCAUUCAAUACUUUGCCCCGAUCAGACAAGCUAUCACAGAGUCGCUGGUGAUACCAUGAGUUUGGGGAUCUUACUUCGUGUAGAUUCAAAUUUCAGGCAGAUCACUUAUUUUAUACGAAAGAGUACAGUUAGACCAAAAUAACUCUACAACGAUUUUGACAGAACAGACUGUGAAAGUGUUAUUCAUACGUCAUAAUUUUAUGGAAGUUUGAUGUCUAAAAUAACACUUGCACAGUUUGGGCCAUCAAAAUCGCUGCAGACUUACCUUGGUCUAACUGUACGAGUGGGCUGUAGAAGAAUAGAUUUAAGUAUCAUAAAUUUACUUGCAAAGUUUUAUUAAUACCUCAACGUAACGAUAAAAUCUUGUCUGAUCCGGAUAUGUAGCUUGAGUGACUUGUUUAUUUGACCUUAAGACAAAACAGAUCUAAUGAAUACAGGUUUAUUUGUAGACUAAGAUGUAUGUGGUAGAUACUAUGUAUUUAUGAUCCCUAAACUGAAUAUUUUUUUAUUUUUGUUAUUGGUUUAAGGACAUAGUUUUUGACCAUUAAUGGAACAAUUUCCUGUAUUUUUCGAUUCUCCUAGCGAUUCACGUAACUAUGUUGUAAAUAAUUUAUACUUUAGAAACGUCUUGUUAAGGUUUGAAAAACCAUUCUUAAAUAUAUAAUUAUUAUUUUUAUACACUUUUAAUACUUAUUAUUAUUGUGUUUUGUUUCCUAAUGGUUGCUUGCUAGUGUGCAUUUCGGUUAAUAGGUCUUAAGAAAUACUUUCUCGUAGUUAAGGCAUUUAAAGCUGUCUGUAAACUAUGAAUGUCAUAAUAUUAUGCAAAUGCCAGUUUGCCCAGUUGCACAAGCAAUCAUAUAAUCUACACUUUUCAUUUUGGUUGUGUCACACAGUGACAGCAAGUGUAGAUUUUGCAACUUGGCAAAUGGACAAAUUAUUAUGUUCCCAGUGUUAAACCCACCAAAUGAGGUGAAAUCGCAAAGCUCAAGACAGAUUGCGCUGCUAUUGAAUAGGACCUAACUGAAAGGAGGACUGGAUAUCUUCCCUUGAGUUCCAAUGAGAGGUUACUAAGUAAAAAAUAAAUAUACCACGCGCCCUCUGUAGUGAGCUAUUGUCAGUUUUUGACCCCAUUGUUCUUUUUCGUAAUAAGUUAUUUGGAAUCAACCUUUUCACUGUCACAUAUUUGUGACAGUAUAAAAUAAACCUAAACGCAUUGCAAAGUUAAAAUUGCAAAGACAGAUAUAUGUGUCAGCUAAAGGUUAUAAAGUUAUUUCACUCCUUUAACAUAUUUAUAGGUGUAAUAAAAUGUGACUUGA